AUGCCAGUCUCCCGCGAAGGACACACCUACACCCGCUACCUCUUCAAGCCCCUUGCCGACACGGUCACGGGUGGAUGUCAUGCUGACGUCUUCCUCCCGACCCUUGAGAAGGGGGAGAAGGCUCCGAUCGCAAUCACAUACCACGGCGGUGGGUUUGUCAUCUGCGACUCUCAGCACAUUCUCACCCGACACGUGGGGUAUCUCCUCUCGCAAGGAUUCGCCGUGGUGGGCCUCGAGUACCGUAUGGCCCCGCACGUCCGCUUCCCAGAGAUCAGAGAGGAUAUCGUCGACGGGUACAAGUGGGUCCUGGACGUUUUGCCUACACGUGCGCCCCUCGAUCCGUCGCGAGUAUGUGUGAUGGGCGCCAGUGCGGGCGGAUACGCGACGCUCUCUCUCUCGAUCGACGCGCACCGCCUUGGCCUGCCCCUCCCCAAAGCCAAUUACGUCGUCUACCCCCUCGCGGACUUGACGACGACCCUCAAACGUCCCAGCGAGCGCGUGACUCACGCCCAAGCCUUGGCCUCGCUCUCAGACGAGGAUAGGGUCAAAGUCGACGCACUCUUCGCAGAGCCCAUCACUACGAGGCAUGACCGGAUGAAAGAAGACCCGGCCGACCUAUCCGGCCGUAUGGUCUGGGGACAUAUGGCCAUGCUGAGCGGCACGCUCCUCGAGUGCCUCACCGCGUCUCCGUGGCCGUACCCGACCGAACACUCGCCCAUGCAACACCUGCAUGACAAGUUCCCGCCGACAGUCCUCGUGCUCGCCGAGGCCGACACUCUCCUCGAUCCGAUGACGACGAGCGUGCUCCAUGACCGUCUUGAGGAGCUUGGUGUCGAGAGCCUCUUGCUCGUGGGCAAGGACAUGCCUCAUGGUGCUAUGGAGCCGGAGAUGGGCGCGCCGGAGCAGGGGAAGGAAUGGUGGGACGAUGUGGCGGUACCAGCGCUCGAGUUCUGUGUACGUCACUGCCAGUAA